AUAGUAAUUACGAAGUUAGGCAGAUAACACGCGAUCCUAACUGAUCCGUUUCAGUUUCGGUUUGAGCUGGAUCACAGUUUUCGGCGAUUAGAGAAACGAGGUCGUUAAUGGCGCCAAAUCUCUCACGCGCAACCUGGACACUGUGAUUCACUCUCCGAAUUUCCAGAGUAAUUUAAACUAUUUAUUUACGCCCUGCCUCUCCUCCACAUCACUUCAUCACAUUUGACUCUGAAAUUCUGAUCGGAUCUGUGAGCCUUCGAGCCGACGGUGCAAUUCAAGCUGGUGCUGAGUUUGAGAUUUCGUCGUGUUCAGGAGGCGGGGCCAAAACACGAGGUGAAAGUGAAAGGAUGAGUGAGAGCAAGCAGUUUCAGCUAGGCACCGUCGGGGCUUUAAGCCUGUCCGUCAUUUCGUCGGUGUCGAUUGUGAUUUGUAACAAGGCGCUCAUGAGUACUCUACGCUUCAAAUUUGCUACAACUUUGACAAGCUGGCAUCUAUUAGUCACUUUUUGUUCCCUCCAUGUGGCACUCUUGAUGAAACUGUUUGAGCACAAGCCUUUUGACCCAAGAACUGUAAUUGGAUUUGGUAUUCUAAAUGGGAUAUCAAUUGGAUUACUCAACCUUAGCCUUGGUUUCAAUUCUGUAGGUUUCUAUCAGAUGACAAAGCUUGCCAUCAUCCCUUGCACUGUGCUGCUAGAGACGCUUUUCCUAAGCAAAAAGUUCAGUAGGAGCAUUCAACUUUCUUUAAUCAUCCUACUUUUUGGUGUUGGGAUUGCAACUAUAACUGAUUUGCAGCUAAAUGCGGUGGGCUCUAUCCUUUCACUCCUUGCAGUACUCACAACUUGCAUUGCUCAAAUUAUGACAAAUACCAUUCAGAAGAAGUUUAAGGUUUCUUCAACACAGUUAUUGUAUCAAUCUUGUCCUUACCAAGCGAUGACUCUAUUCGUCUCUGGUCCAUUUCUGGACAAGUUUUUGACCAGCCAAAAUGUAUUUGCUUUCCAAUAUACCCCGCAAGUGCUGGGAUUUAUUGUUCUGUCCUGCUUGAUAUCUAUAGUUGUUAACUUCAGCACAUUCCUUGUGAUUGGAAAGACAUCUCCAGUCACCUAUCAGGUUCUUGGUCAUCUGAAAACAUGUCUAGUAUUAGCUUUUGGUUAUAUGCUACUUCGGGACCCAUUUAACUGGAGGAAUAUUAUGGGGAUCCUGAUUGCACUAAUCGGGAUGGUUCUAUAUUCAUAUUACUGCACCCGUGAGGGUCUGAAAAAAACCGCUGAAGCUUCACCACAACUUCAGCCAAAGGAAGAUGAAUCCAUUCCCCUGGUACUCAUGGAAAAUGGCAGUACCCGUCAUAAGUGAUGUUGCAAUGCCCAUGGUCCUUGUUAGGAAAGUACUGGCCUUGAACAUAUGAGAAAAAACUAUGCACCAAAUUGUCGUGCAACUAUUUGAGAUAUGGUUAAGUUGACAGUAAAUGUUAUAGGCAGAAAGUUGUUCUAUAGAAGUAUAGAGUAACCUCAGUAACAAGGAACAACUUUCCCCGCGCUAUAUAUCAUUUGAAGUUGGUACAUUUGAUAUCACAGUGCUAUGUGUAGCAAAUGUGAACUAGAUUUUUCCAAACUCUUAUAAAUAUAGCUCAUUUUCUAGCAAUGUGUAGACAUUCGAUUCAGAAGGAUUUUUUAUUUAUA